AUGUCCACAGCAUCCAAAGUAACAUUCGCUGCCUCCUGUGUAUUUGCCACCGCCGCCUUCGCGUUCAUCAAUUAUUCCCAACAAACGGAACGUGAUGCACUCAGACAGGGGCCAAUUAAAGAUGCAGCACGUAUGCAAGCGAAGUUAACCAAGAAACAAUUAGCUAAUGAUGCUGAACAUCGAGAACAGGCGGAAUUGAGGGAGAAGUAUUUGAAGAUGCAACCUUUGUCUUCUGAGAUUAUUCGGGGGGAGGAGACUCCUAUUCCUCCCAAGGAGGCAUGA